UAAAUUUGUGUUUGGAUUUGUUUUUAAUGUCGUCAUUGUUAUAGUUUGAUAAAACUGAAUCAUCAUUGCUUAAUCUCAGAAGAAAUUUUCACAGAAGCAACGCAGUUUUUAUAAUUUUUAUUUUAAUAUAAUAAUUUCAAAAAUAAUGUUUAAUAAUUUUUUUGGUAAAAAACCAACUGUUAAGGAACAACAACGUGAAAAUGAUAAAAAUUUACGCAAAGCAACUCGAGACAUUGAACGUGAACGUCGUAAAUUAGAGGAGGAAGAGAAGAAACUUGAACAAGAAAUAAAAAAGAAUGCGGCUUCAGGGAACAAAGAUGUGUGUCGUAUCCUAGCUAAACAAUUAGUGGAAAUACGUAAACAAAAGGCUCGAACAUAUGCAGCAAAUAGCAAGAUAACUUCAAUAGGAUAUCAAAAUAAGACCAUUGGUACUAAUAUCGCACUAAGCAAUGCCAUGGGUACUACAGCAAAAACUAUGGCUGAUAUGAACAAAAUAAUGCGACCCGAAGCUAUAUCAGCGAAUGUACGUGAGUUCCAACAAGCUAAUAUGAAGAUGGAAAUGACAGAUGAAAUGAUUAAUGAUACCCUGGAUGAUAUGCUCACUGAAUCUGGUGACGAAGAAGAAACAAAUGAUGUGGUUAACAAGGUGCUCGAUGAGAUUGGUAUUGAAAUUUCAGGUAAAAUGGCAAACAUUCCCUCAACUGGUACAGGAGAUUUAGAUCGCAGUGAUGUGCGCACAGAAAAAGAUAUUGCAGCUCAAUUAGCAAAAUUGCGUUCAUCCUAAAGUAUUUAUAAAAUGCAAAUAUAAGAAGCUUUUAUUGUAUUUUUAUUAAA